GUUCGCCCUCUGGCCAUGGCACCGUACAGCCGUAUACGCUUCCGGAAUUAUCGUCCCCACUGAAGUGCCCUCUUCACGUCUUCAAUUUGGUUGUAGUUGAAUACGUUUAGGGCUUGAGAAUUUGAAACCCAUCUCUGGUUUCAACCAACUUCCAAGCCUCAUUUCAGGUAAGAUAGAUACAAUUUCAUGGGGCCGAUUGAUUUCUGCAACUCUUCAUCAAUUUACAUUUCAAGGCCCAGAACCAGUUUACUUAUUGAAUCAAGUUGGAGGAGUAGGAUCGCCUUCAUGGCAUCUUCUUCUGUUCCGGUCAAAGAGAAGAACCGGUCAAUAGAUGUUGUGGAUGGGGCAUCCUUUAUCCGUCCCCAUCUCAGAAAUCUUAAACCUUAUCAGCCCAUCUUACCUUUUGAGGUAUUAUCCGCUCGACUUGGCAGGAAGCCUGAGGACAUUGUAAAGCUUGAUGCAAAUGAAAACCCAUACGGUCCACCUCCCGAUGUAUUAACAGCUUUGGGGUCGUUAGAAUAUCCCUAUAUUUAUCCUGACCCUGAAAGUCGUAGAUUGCGCGCGGCACUUUCUGAGGAUUCUGGACUUGAUUCUGAGUAUAUUCUUGCAGGGUGCGGUGCAGAUGAACUCAUUGAUUUGAUAAUGAGGUGUGUAUUAGAUCCUGGAGAUAAAAUUGUUGACUGUCCACCAACAUUUAGUAUGUAUGAAUUUGAUGCAGCUGUAAAUGGUGCACAUGUUAUCAAGGUACCCAGACACACAGAUUUUAGGUUGGAUGUGGAAAGGAUUGCUGAAGUUGUUGAGAAAGAAAAACCUAAAUGCAUAUUUUUGACUUCCCCCAAUAAUCCAGAUGGGAGUAUAAUCAAUGAUAUGGAGCUUGAAGAAAUACUUAAUAUGCCAAUAUUGGUUGUGCUUGACGAAGCAUACAUUGAGUUUUCGGGGAUUGGGUCAAGGAUGACAUGGGUGAAGAAGCACGAAAAUCUCAUUGUUUUACGCACAUUCAGCAAAAGAGCUGGUCUAGCUGGUCUUCGCGUGGGAUAUGGAGCUUUUCCUCUGAGCAUUAUUGAAUACCUUUGGAGAGCAAAGCAACCUUAUAACGUGUCUGUUGCUGCUGAGAUUGCUGCAUGUGCUGCCUUAAGGAACCCCACCUAUCUUGAGAACGUUAAAGUGGCACUUGUACAGGAGCGGGAGAGGCUGUAUAGUCUCUUGAAAGAAGUGCCAUGUCUCGAACCAUAUCCAAGUCACUCUAACUUCAUUCUUUGUAAGGUUACAUCCGGGGUGGAUGCUAAAAAGUUAAAGGAAGAUCUUGCAAUGAUGGGUGUGAUGAUUCGUCAUUACAGUAGCAAAGAACUAUGUGGCUUUGUUCGAGUUUCUGUUGGGAAGCCUGAGCACACUGAUGCUCUAAUGCAGGCCCUGAAACACUUCCACUGAUGCCUUAGAAAUCCCUGAAGACGCUUCCCUGUCAGAGAUGCACUUUUGGUGAAAUGUUGAAUCUAAUCUAAUGAAUUUUUAACUGUCAACCAAUGUAAAACCAUUUGCACUGCCCUGGCACAUUUUUUACUGCACCACAAAUGUGGUUUUUAUUAUGAAACCGCGCUGUAAAAUCAGAGGGUGAUGUUUCUGGCCUGCGAAUACAAUUUGUUAUUUGUAUUUUUAGUUGCAAACC